UGAGCUCACGCACGUCGAACACUUAUCAACGCACGGCGCCGCGCGUAAGGCGAUACGUCCAAAAAUGGCGUUCCUCGCGUAGCACAGCUCGUCAUCGUCGUCGUCGUCGUCGUCGUCGUCGUUAUUGUCGGUGUUAUUAUCAACACCGUCACGAGCCGCUUGCUGGGGAGCUCGCCAUCCGAUCCGGCGGGGCCGCGAGACGCCAGUUCCGAAGAAGAGUAAAAUCCAACGAACGCGAGAAUGCAGUCGACCGAGCAGCUGCGACCGGAGCAGCUGGUGGGCCUGGUGGCCCGUUCGGCGGAGGGUACAGCCGCAAAGGGUAUGCCCAUCAAAGGACACGAGGAUCUCUGGGUGGAGAUCCAGGCUAACACCUUCCGAAAUUGGGUGAACGAGCAUUUGAAGCACGCCGACGUAGGCGGCGGCCCGGUGUUAGACCUCGCUGAGGACUUUCGGGACGGUACGCGUCUUUGCGCCUUGGUCGAGGUGCUCACCCAACGUCGUCUGCCGCGAUGGAAUCUCCGACCGGCGAAUCAGCAUCAUCAUCUGGAAAACGUGUCCACGGCACUGCAAGCUAUCGAAGCCGACGGCGUUAAACUCGUCAAUAUCGGUAACGUGGACAUCGUGAACGGUAACCUCAAGCUGAUCCUGGGUUUGAUAUGGUCGCUGAUCGUGCGGUAUCAAAUAGGCAAAUCCAAGUUCCCGCCGAGGAAGCUCAUGCUCGCGUGGCUCAAGGCUGUUCUGCCGGAAUGUAGAGUCAACAAUUUCACAACCGACUGGAAUUCCGGCGUGUAUCUAAGCGCGCUUUUGGAUUACUGUAAACCGGGUCUGUUUUCUCAUUGGCGGCAACUUGAUCCGAAUGACAGCGUUUACAACUGCCGUAAAGCGAUGGAGAUAUCGAAACGAGAAUUCGAUAUUCCCAUGGUGUUGGAACCCGAGUACUUGGCGUCGCCCUAUCUGGACGAGCUCUCAGGGAUGACCUACUUGUCGUAUUUUAUGAAGGAAGGCUCACCGGGCUUCCACGCAACGCUGCGAUGGGUCAAUUCGCAAUUAUCUCAUACCUCAAUACGGAAUUUCACGACGGACUGGAACGACGGCAGAGUUUUGUGCGGGAUUGUCAGAAACUUGGGUGGCCCGGUGCCGUCCUACGAAAAACUCGAUACAGAUCUGUCCGCGUGGGAACACAACCUGCAAAUGGGUAUCGAUGGCGGCAAGAAAUUGGGUGUGGAACCAAUUUUAAAAGCGAAAGACAUGGCGGACCAGAAUGUGGAGCAUUUAGGCGUGAUGGCUUACGCGGCUUACUUUCAGUGGGUGAAACCUCGUCCUCAAGCGAGCCGACAAAUCGCCGUGCAUAUCGACAGCACAUCCGCUCGAGUGCAACAGCCGGCGCACUUCAAGUUGGAGAUGCUCACCAAAGAUGUAAAUAUGAGAGAAGUGCGAGGAGAAAUUAUCAGUCCGUCCGGACGUGUGGAGUGCAGACUCACGUGGAGCGGAGUUCACGGCAAAGGCACUUUCGUACCCACGGAAGUUGGCAUGCACAAGUUAAUGGUUUACAACGACGGUGAACUAGUAAAUGGUUGUCCCUAUUACUUCAGGGUUUUGCCGCCGCUAACGAAAAUCAAAUCUCCGGGUAUGGAUCCUUGCGCUAUAGGAUCUAUCGUUGAGGUUCUAGUCAACAGUUACGGAACUAGUCAUGAUGGUAUCGACGUUACCGCGUGGUCUCCGACCGGUAGGUCACUUCCGUGUCCCGUCAAAGAAAAGGACGGCGUGCACACGGCGACUUUUCAACCCGACGAGACGGGAGAAUGGAGCAUCGCGAUAACGCAUAAGGGAAAUCACAUACAGGGAGGUCCUUUCGCUUGUUUCGUGUUUGAUCCCAACGGAAUCAAGCUUUUAGAUACGGACGGUGCCAUGCCUGGACAACCGUUUUCUUUUAUCGUUGACGCGCGAGGAACUGGCGGACUGGGUGACGUGAUUAUCGAUAUCGUUCACGAUAAGCAGUCGGUAUCUUACAGACUGGAGAACUUCGGCCACAUGCAGUAUCGGGUGUCCUUCGUGCCUGGCGACGCGGGCAAAUAUCGGGUGUACGUGUACUUCAACGGUUCGGAUGUGCGCGGCUCGCCGUUUUCCAUACGCGUCGGCACGCAGAAGGGCUCGCACAGAUCAAGAGAGUCAACAUCCAGCUUGGAACGGUCCAAGAUGUCGUCGCUGGAACGACGAAUGAACGGACUGAACGUCUCCUCAACGGAACGAAUCAGUCCGACUCAGAAGAUUUACACCACGACCGCGUACAAGUCCAUCAGCCCGACGCAACGCGGUUAUUCGCCCAUUCAUCAAACCAGCCCGAGCACGUAUAAGACAACCGCCAGCAAUUACGUCACCGAGAACUCCACCAGCUCGACUUACCACAGCAACUCGCUAAAUCGCACGCACUCGCCGAUUCAUCUCAAUCACAGUCCGGUGCAGAGGAAUGCGCACAGUCCGUCGGUGCUCAAAGAGACGAAGGAAAUCUACAGCAGCAGCAGUAGCGCGUACAAUCAUCGUUCCAGAUCGCCCAAUCUGCAGAGUCCGAGUUUCAUCAAAGAGUCCAAGGACAUUUACUCGUCCAGCACGUUGAACAGAUCGCGAUCUCCGGACCUCAGCAGUCCGACAGCUCAUGUUAUCAAGGAAUCCAGGGAAAUCUACAAUUCGGGAUCUCUGAAGAGAUCGCGUUCACCGACACGAAGUCCGUAUCGCAGUGCCACUCAGAGUCCUGUUAAUCGCAGCUUCAGUCCGAGAACUGGCGACAGAGACGCGAUCUACAACAACCGGCGCGGAUCCACGGACAACGGCGUCGUGGACACCAGCAGUAACGUGCGUGUUUCCUCGAUGGUGGGCGGCAAUUCCAGACGCGAUUCCUGGGACGCGAUCGCCAAAACGAGAUCGCUCCUGUCGUACGGUAGCUUAGAGUCGCUCGCGAAUCUAACGAACAACUCGCCGACGGCGGAUAAUCGCGUUGACAGUCCGAGUAAUCAUUUUCUGAACAACAACAAUUAUAAAAACGCGCAGAGUUACUCCACCUUCAAGAACACGUCAUCGCACUCCGCGACCACAACAACGAAUUACUCGUCCGUGCAGAAAUCGUCGAGUCCUGACUACGGGACCGGAGUGCCGAAGUACGGCAACGACGGCCAGACAGCCGCUCGCACGCACGGUAUCCUCAAGAACAAGAACAACAACUAUUACAGUAAAAGCGUGGACACGACGGACGGCACUGUGACGCACGACCGAUACCUGAAUAACGGCGGUACCGUUUACGUGCCCGCCUCGUCGGCUAAAAACGGCGCUUCGGCGGUCAUCGCCACCGGAAACGCACUGGAAACAUUACCCGUGCAUCGACCGACCACUUUCAGUAUCAACUCCGGAAGCGUGGACCCCAACAAGGUGUCCGUCACCGUUACCGGUCCCAACGGUAAAACCGUGCCGGUGCAGAAAUCGAAGCUGCGGGGUUUGAUGUACACUAUCACCGCUGAUGAAGUUGGCGAGCACGUCAUUCAAGUGUUGGUUAACGGCCAACACGUCAAGGGAUCGCCUUUCAGAUCGCAAGCUUACAACGCUCGAGCUAUACAAGUUGGAAACAUCCCGAACGGAGUGGUAAACCAGCCGGUAGAAUUUGAAAUCGACGGGUCAAGAGCCGGCUCGGGAAACUUGGAGAUCCUCGUAAACGGAGGACACGUCACGAGUUUUGUGAGAGCGCUGGGUAGUCAACGUUUCUUGGCAUCGUUCGUGCCACAUGAGGCUGUCGCGCACUUGGUAGAAAUGACGUUCAACGGGGAAGUCGUUCCCGGAUCACCUUGGCGAGUUGGCAUCAUGCCUGCACCGAAAAUGUCAGUGAUCGGUGAUUCCAUCAGGCUGGUUCCUGCUGGUAGUCCCGCUGUUUUCGAACUGUCCGCACUAGGCUUCAGUAGCAAAGAAAUAGACGUCCAGAUUAUAACACCUUCCAAAAGACACAUUCCUGCAAGAAUUAAUGAAGAACCAGGACGAUCGGGUGAAUUUCAUGUGGAAUUUACUCCUACUGAAGUGGGCAGUCACCUGGUGGAAGUGAGCAUCGCGGGACAAAAGCUACCGGCAGGACCUCUCGUCGCCAAGGUGUACAACAGUAGUCUAAUCCAAGUUACUGACGUACCUAGCGCAGUAGUCGGCCAUACUUGUCAAUUUAGAGUGGAUGCCAGCGCUGCCGGAGAAGGUCAGCUAGAAAUCUCCAUAAACGAGGGAGAAGUGCCUAAUCACGUUCAAGUAGUUGGCGGUGGCCGUUGUCUAGUAUCUUUCACUCCUGAAGUCGCUAAACCUCAUUACAUCGACAUCAUGUUUAACGGCGAAGCAGUACGUGGAUGUCCAUUUGUCUGCAACGUAUCGGACACCAGCAGAGUCACGCUAAAUCUGAAUCAUUUAGAAUUAAUUCCAGUGGAUCAUCCUGCGAGUUUCUACAUGGAAGUCGAUGGCAAAGACGAGGCGGAAAUAGCGGUUUCUGUGAGAGGACCCAAUAGUGAAGUGCCGGUUAAAGUUACUGGUGAUACAAAUAGCGGCUUCACCGCCGAGUUUAUACCGAGAGAUGUAGGUGUACAUUCAAUUAGUAUAGAAUACAACGGUUAUCCUGUGAACGGCACGCCGUUUUCGGCUAAAGCGUUCAACGCGGAUAAAGUGCUAAUCGGGCCUGUAGCCAGAGGCAGUGUUGGUCAACCAACUCACUUUACUGUCGACGCGAGUCAAGCUGGUGAAGGAAAUUUGGAGAUCACGAUAUCGGCUCGCGGUCAGAACAUACCGACACAAGUGACGCCGCAAGGAAAUGCGCGUUUCUCCGUUAGCUUUCUGCCGUUUGAAGCUUGCGAACACGUUAUCAACAUAGCAUUCAAUAAGAAAACUGUGCCCGGCUGUCCUAUCGUAACACGAGUGGGUGGCGACAGUCACGUAACUGUGAGCGGACAGGCACUGAGCAGCGCUGGAUUAGGAGAGCAAAGCUAUUUGACCGUCAGUAACGUCGCCGGUAGCUUGGAAGACUUAGAAGUUAAUGUUGAAGGGCCCAACGGACAGGCCGUACCUGCUCAGGUCACUGACAACAAAGAUACAACAUGCACCGUCGCGUUUACACCGAGAGUUGUCGGCGAGCAUCGAAUAUCGGUGAACCACCGUAAUAUCCCGGUGGUCGGCAGUCCUUUCAGCUGCAAAGUGUACGAUGUCACCGCGAUAAAAGUGAAGGACGCCAAGCGUGGUGUUAUCGGCAUUCCCGUAACUUUCCUGGUCGAAACUAGUCAGGCGGGACCGGGAAAUCUGGAGGUCACUGUGAACGGUGGACGAGUACCGACGUCGGCUCAGGGACAAGGUCCUCACACGUACGCGAUCUCGUUCACACCCCGAGAACCGAUUGUGCACACUGUCGAUCUACGAUUUAACAAUCAGGUCGUGCCUGGUAGUCCGUUCAGCUGUCAGGUCAGCGACACGGCAAAAGUGCUCAUAACUGAGGGACUCGAGAAAGUGUCUGUGAAUCGUGUCGCAACCUUCACAAUACAAGCUGACCCAUCUUUCGGCAAGCCCGUUGUCGAAGUGCUCUCUCCCACAAGAGAAAGUCUACCGGUACACAUCAAACAGAACAGUAACGGCAAUUACACCGCCGGAUUUACUCCGAGGGAUGUUGGCGAUCACAGUGUCGAGGCAAAACUCAGCGGAACGCACGUGGAAGGCAGUCCGUUUCUUGUCAAAGCUUACAACGCCGAUAAAGUCAAGGUGACGGAUAUAAAUAACGGAGUUGUCGGCAAACCGGUAUUCUUCAGCAUCAAUGCCAGUCAAGCUGGAGCUGGAAAUCUGGAAAUUAUAGUCGCGGUUAACGGCAAGAACGUGCCGAAUUAUGUACAAAGUGAAGGUAACGCGAAGUUUCGAGUCAACUUCAAACCACAAGAAGCCGCCGUGCAUAGUCUUAGUGUUCGUUUUAAUGGAGAGCCGGUUCCAGGUUCGCCGUUCAGCUGCAAGGUUGUAGGCGCCGGUCAAGCGACAGUUUCCGGUCACAAUUUAAAGAUGGGCGCGGUGAAGAGAUUGAUCUCCUUCACCGUAGACCCGCAGGCUUCUUCCACAAAUUGCGACGUUAUCGCGAUGCCGCCGUCGGGCAUCGCGCUACCUAUCACCAUCGAGCCCAUCGACGGCAAGUACAACGUAAGCUUCAUGCCCACGGAAGUUGGCAGGCACAACAUCAGUGUUCUAAUAGACGGCGAGCCGAUCAAAGGCUCUCCGUUCGCUUGCAAUAUUUAUGAUGUGACUAAGGUUCACGUGUCCGGACUUACGGAGGCCUUGCUCGGCCAGGCGACUACGUUCACCGUCGACGCCGCGGAAGCUGGCGAAGGAACGCUGGAGCUGGUGGUGAGUACGGAAAACAACACUGUUAAAGCCGAGGUCGUGGCCUGCGCCCGCGGACUGUACGACGUCACAUUCGUACCACAGACGACGAGCACGCACUACGUCAAUAUUAGUUUCAACGACGACAACGUGCCAGGAAGUCCAUUUAAAUGUCCCGUGAUUAGCGGUAUGUUGCAUGGUCCAUCGAUGGUUCGAGUCGGCAACACAGCUUACAUAGAUCUAGACAUGUCCGAUUUGAAUGGACCCGUGUCCGCAGAAAUUACCGGUCCAGACGGAAUAAUUAUUCCGUGCACGUUGACGAAACUGUCGUCCAGCUUGUACCGCGUAGAAGUUCGAACACGACAGGUGGGAACUUACGGGAUAAUAUUUAACGACGGACACAAGAUAGUCAGUUCGCAAACGCUUCAAGCUUUCGAUCCCGGUAAGGUGUCCAUCAAAGAAAUCGCCGAUGCGAUUUGUCAUCGACCUGCGACCAUUUUAGUCGUCGCGUCGAAAGAAGCUGGUCCUGGGAAAUUAUCGGUCAACGUGCGAGCCGGUGGUGCGGACGUGGACAGUAUAGUGAGGGAAGGAGACAAAGGCGUCUACGAGAUCGUGUUCCAUCCGACACGCGCCGCGCCUCACAAAGUUCACAUCAAAUAUAACGAAGUUCAUAUUCCUGGAAGUCCAUUGGACGUGACGGUGCGCGGUCCUACUGGAGGACGGGAGGUAACGGCGACGGGAUUGGGUCUGUAUCAGUCGUGCGUCGGAAAAGUGACAUCUUUCACGAUCGAGACCCUCGGUCGUCCCGGUAAGGAGUUCGACGUGGUUAUCAGCGGUCCGCAAGGUAACGCCGUACCCGUACGCUGUUACCAGCAUCGCGAUGGCAAUCUACUUGCUGAAUUCACGACGAACAGUGUCGGUACGUACAAAAUUGACGUGCUGCACGGAGCGAAACCGGUAUUGGGAUCGCCGUUCUUCUGCCAGGCCUUCGACGCUGCCAAGGUGAAGCUUCAGGAACUAGGUCCUACGACAAUUUCAGUUCACGACCACAUCGCUUUCAAACUGAUGAAAGCCGAUGCCGGCAUGGCCGAUCUGGAUGUGACGGCGACGAGCCCAUCGGGUCAGGAGAUUCCGCUUCAGGUGACCCCGCUUAACGACGGCGCUGAGAUGAUCGAGUUCUCACCAAGCGUACCCGGCACCUACAUGAUCAACGUUACUUACGGCGGAUGUUCCGUGCCUGGAAGUCCGAUGGUAUGCACCGUCGAUGCAGCCGGACAAGCCCGUGCGAAAGGUGAGGGAUUGCUGAGCGGUCAUGUGGGCAAACCGGCACACUUCAUCGUAACCGGUACGAGAAGUCCUCCAGCGGUUCAGGUGGACGGGCCGGACAGCGUAGCCAAGGCUACUAUUGAGGCCGGUGCUAAUCCAGGUACGUGGAACGUGUCCUACGUGCCGACCGAAGUCGGUGUGUUCGACGUGAGAGUUGUUUCCGCGGGACAGCAGCUACCGGGAUCUCCGUGGCACCCGAAGAUCGUCGACACGCGAAAUCUUCGUGUUAUCGGGGGAUGGUCCGCGGUAUGCGACGACAUUGGUCGAUUGAAGCUGCAUCCUUCGAAUAAGAUCAGCUUCGACACCGCGGAGGCCGGACCCGGCGAGAUCACUGGAACAAUCGGCGAUCAUCCUCUCACUUUCGAAAUGACAUCCAACAACAGGCUGAAACUCGUCCCGCCGCAAAUAAGCAGCGGCGAACAUCGUUUGGAAAUAUUAUUUAACGGCGUACCAUUUCCCGGCGCACCAAAACUUGCGAUUGUGCAGGAUAUGGAGCCGCCGGUGCAGGACACAAGUCGAGUGUUGCUGAAGGGACGAGGGCUGACAUCGGCCAAGUGCGGCGAAGAAGUCAGUUUUACCAUAGACGGUUCUCAAGCUGGCAACGGAACGCCAAAAGUACAAUUAUUCUCGCCUACUAGCGAACUUAACGUUAUGUUACAACAUUUGGGUGACAGCGUUUAUCGCGCGAGUUAUAUACCAUUAACGCCGGAUCCGCUUCUGAUGACUGUGUCGUGGAACGGAAGACAGUUGAAAGGCUGUCCCUUGCAAAUUAACGUCACGAGCGCUGCCGAUGCGUCCAGAGUUGUCUGUUCUGGGGAUGGACUAAAACACGGAAUCGUCGGGCAAGAGAUCAGAAGUUUUAUCGAUACCAGACGCGCUGGACCAGGCGAAUUAACGGCUCACUGCGUCGGGCCGCACAAAGUGGCGUACUGCGAAUUAUACGAUCAUGGCGACGCCACGUUUACAUUGAACGUGAAACCUCAAGAAGCUGGACGACACGCACUUACGAUUAAAUAUGCCGGGGAACAUGUUCCCGGCUCGCCGUUUACAUUACGCGUAUCCGGAGCUCCGGACGCUUCAAAGGUACGCGUUUACGGGCCAGGAAUCGAACACGGUGUGUUGGCGACCUUCCAGUCGCGAUUCAUCUGCGACACGCGAGGCGCUGGCGCUGGUCAGCUGACGGUGAGAGUACGCGGUCCUAAGGGAGCGUUCAGGGUUGAGAUGCAACGGGAGACUCAAAAAGACCGAAUUAUUCUUUGUCGAUACGAUCCGACAGAACCCGGAGAUUACAGAGUGGAGGUUCGCUGGGCGGGUGUUCUGGUGCCCGGUUCCCCGUUCCCCGUUAAAAUUGUCGACACGCAGGACGAAUUAUUAAUGCUCACGCAGGGUGGAGAUAAUUAUUCAACAGGCCAUCAUACUAUCACAUCGUGGCGUGGAUCGCAAGCUAUAUUGUAGAAACGCCGCGGCUAAAUAACAUUGUUAUUAUUUUGUGUGAACUAAUAUAUUUGAUAAUAUAUGAUUAUUGUAACUUAUACGUGCGUUUCCACACACAAUAAAAACUUAACAUUUCAGUAAAAACUCAUUCUCUCCU